GUCGAAAAAAAAAAUACAUAUAAAAAAUAUGCUUUUUUUUUCUUUUUCUUCUUUUUUCUUUUAUUAGUUUCGCUGUUUCUUUUUUCUUCUUUCCAGAAUUCAUUAUUAUUCGAGAAACCAAAAAGCCCAUUGUGUUUCCUUCUUAGCCUAUUUUAUCUCAUCAUUGUGUAAUAUACGAUGUAUGAAAAUGGGAGACAUAUCCGACAGAAUUUAGCAGCUUUAGAAAAUAGUCAUGAUCCUUAUCGUGCUGUACGCAAGAGUUUUAGAUCAGUGGAAUCUUCGGCAUCGGGUUCGGAUGGAAUCCAUUCACGCACGGCAUCCGAUAGCAGUACAAGUCGGCUAGCUCCUAAUGCCAGUGUCAUGUCUUCCUCUGCACGACCAACGACGUAUAACGAUUACCAUUACUACAACGACGAUCCCUAUGCCAACGCUUCUCGACACACUCCUAAUAUCAAACCGUGGCGGUUGCAAGGCAACGACCCCGACCGAACCAAUUCUUAUUUACCUUACUCCCAUCACUCACGAGACCCUUUACAACCCAUUGCACCAAUUUACAUUGAGGAUGAUACCUUGUCCACCUCUGCCUUUCCUGAAAAAGCAGGAGCCGGAUCGAUUCUGCAAGAUGACAUUGUCAUGGAUAUGUCUGACCGAGCGCCCACCACCAUGCUGCCGAUAAAAGAUGAAGGAGUCACCGACUUUGACCCUUUACCAGAAUUGAAGCGAAAGAAAAAACGACGCACUUGCUUUGGAUUAAGUCGAUGGAUGAUUGCUUUCUUUGCUGUCAUUGUAGCGGCUGUCAUUGCCGUCAUAUGGUACUUUGUAUGGCCUCGUGUGCCUGAACUAACGUUAUUGGACGCCGAUAUGCUGAUUCCGACGGUGUGGACGACGAAUUCGUCCCAAUCCAUGUAUACUAUAUGGGGUGUCAAUCUCACGGCGGACAAUUCGGAUAAUUGGGUCCCAACGCAUAUUCGGGAAUUGGUCAUCGAAGCCAAGGACCUCAACACAAACGCCCGAUUCGGUCAAGGCCGAGUGGGCCCCUUGGUCCUACCAGCACGUUCAAGUGAAAUCAUCAGCUUCAAUAUCACUAUUUCCUACACCGCGCAAUCGGAAUCGGAUGCGACAUUCCAUGAUUUAUACAAUGCUUGCGGUGUCCAAGUGAAGCCAUCGGCACCGGAGCCCACCGACCAGCAAGAGUUGCUGGAUCUUGCUUUGGAUGUAACGUACCAUAUCCGAGGGAUUGCAUGGCCAUAUCAUCGAUCCAUUCGACCGGAGAAUGGCAUUGUCUGUCCGACAAGCUGACCUGACGGUUUGACAGGCACGUGGACCUUUCCCUCGCUUAAACGUUUGUUUGAAACAAUUUUUUUUUCUUCUUUGGUAUUCCUCUUUCAGCCCCACCUGGUUUUAUUACAACGUAAAACUUUUAUUUUAUUUGUCAUAUGUUAUUUUUCAUUCUCCAUUUUUUUUUUUUACUUCCAUUUCAUGUAAAAACUUGUCUAUUGUCAUUUUCUGUAAUUUGUUUUAUCUUGUAUCAUUUAAGCGUAAUCUUUCGUUAUACCCUUUGUAUUUUGAACCCACC